GUGUAGGGGAAGACACAAAAUUAGAGAGAGAGUGGAGGAUAGGGAGAAAGAAGGAGGUGGUUGGAAGGCAACAAGGAUUUAAUUAAACCACAAAGAAAGAGGAAUCUGGAAUCAAAAGAACACACCGGUUAUGGCUGCAUCAUGGAACGAAGCCGUUUUCGCUGCUCGAAGAAGGCAAGAGGAUGAGGACACCACCAAAAGUAGUAUUUUCACGUACACAAACAGCAACAACACCAGGGGUCCCUUUGAUGGUCCAAAUUACCACAUCGCACCUCGAUGGGUCUACAACCUCACUACACUAUGGAUGAUCUUUGUGGUCAUGGCCUCUGUUUUCACCAAUGGCCUAGUCUUGGUUGCCACCUAUAGAUUUAAGAAGCUUCGACAUCCUCUGAACUGGAUCUUGGUCAACCUAGCAAUCGCUGACAUUGGAGAGACACUUAUUGCCAGUGUCAUCAGUGUCAUUAACCAAAUUUCUGGUUACUUUAUCCUCGGCCAUCCACUUUGUGUUCUGGAGGGUUUCACAGUUGCAACAUGUGGAAUCACUGCUCUUUGGUCUUUAACCGUCAUUGCCUGGGAACGAUGGUUUGUAGUCUGCAAGCCUUUUGGAAACAUAAAGUUUGAUGGAAAAUUGGCAAUUGGGGGCAUAAUAUUUUCGUGGGUUUGGUCAGCUGGCUGGUGUGCACCUCCAAUUUUUGGUUGGAGCAGAUAUUGGCCUCAUGGUUUGAAGACCUCCUGUGGUCCAGAUGUGUUUAGUGGAAGCACGGACCCUGGCAUUCAGUCUUACAUGAUGGUACUCAUGGUUACGUGCUGUAUAAUUCCUCUGGGUAUCAUUGUCCUCUGUUAUAUUGCCGUUUGGUGGGCCAUCCGGAAGGUUGCCCAGCAGCAGAAAGAGUCAGAAUCCACUCAGAAAGCCGAGAGAGAAGUGUCCAGGAUGGUGGUAGUCAUGAUCUGUGCAUAUAUAUUUUGCUGGGGACCAUAUACAUUUUUCGCUUGCUUUGCCUCUGCCAACCCAGGAUACAGUUUCCACCCUCUGGCUGCCUCAUUGCCCGCGUACUUUGCCAAGAGUGCUACCAUUUACAAUCCGAUUAUCUAUGUGUUCAUGAACAGACAGUUCCGGAACUGCAUUUAUCAACUUUUUGGAAAAAAGGUCGAUGAUGGAUCUGAGUUGUCCACUACUUCAAGGACUGAAGUGUCUUCCGUUUCGAAUUCGUCAGUGUCGCCUGCCUAAGAUACCCACGGCUCUUAAAUUUUGUCCUUAAUCUAUUAUCUUGUAUUUAUUUCUCUGUUUAUUCUGUAUAUAUUUGAUUCCCGGGGCAGUUAUAGACAGUUAAUCACAACGUAAAAUACUUUCUCUCUUACGUGUCCAGCCACAAGUGACAUGAGGCUAUGACGGCACUAAUAACACAUUAUUUGGCAGUGUCAAAAGCACAUUUUGCUUAUUAAUGACCUAAUAUCAAACAUGCACCUACAACUAAAUAUUAUUAUAUGGGCAGCCGGACUGUCCUGUUCUUAACAUGCUAAAUGCAACAAUAUAGCAAUCUUUCAAAUGUAGCUGGAACAAAGUGGACAGAAAUUACCAAGAGUGGAUGAAUCUUGGUUUAAUGUGUCCAAGCUAUCACCAAGUCAAGACCUCUCGACUUGCACAAAUAGCUUAGUCCGCCAUGUUUGAAAUCCGACUCUGCCUUCAGCAGGCUCUUCAGCUAUUGGUGAAUGAAUGGCAUAUGAUAUGAAACAAGCCUGCACUUGGAUGGGAAUAAGCUGGGUGAGCACACUAAGAGUUGUAGCUCAACAAGUGCAAGAGAGUUACCUGUUACUUGUAGCCCCGUCCUAAAACAUAACUUCAACACAGCAUUGGGCUGUGAUGCAUUCACUUAAAAACACGAAUGAAGGUUACAACACAGCAUUGGGCUGUGACGCAUUCACUUAAAAACACGAAUGAAGGUUACAACACAGCAUUGGGCUGUGACGCAUUCACUUAAAAACACGAAUGAAGGUUACAAAUGUAAGAACUCACUUGAUGCAUGCCCCUCUUUUAAAAUUGUAUUGAAGGUGUAAAAAUAUGAAUGUUAAAAUGCAGAAUACAUAUAUGCUUGAGUCUUGU